AUGGCCGCCCCUGCGGACAAGACUUUGAAGAACCUCAACGGCCAAUGGACCGUGAACAAGGAGCUGUCCGAGUCUACCGAUCCAGCCCUGACCAUCCAGGGCAUCGGCUACUUUAUCCGCACGGGGAUUAGCUAUGCCACCAUCAGCCUCAGCGUGAACCAGUACGAGGCUCCUCCCAAGCCCCCGAACGAGUCCACCGACACCGUCGUCCACAUCGACAUCGACCAGUCCGCCUCUGGCCUCACCAACACCCAGGAGAACCGGUGCCUGGACAACACCUACCGCGACCACACCGACUGGCUGUUUGGCCACGUCAAGGGCCGCAGCACAUGGCUCGGCCUGGACGAGAUCGAGGACGCCUACCUGAAGAACGGCUGGGAGGCCGAGGCUGACGGCAAGCUCAUCUUCAGCCACGUCGAGAGCCUGGAUGCCGGCUGGACGGCCACCCAGGUCUGGGGUUUCCAGCUGGUCAACGGCGAGCGCCGCUACUGCCGCAACAUUGUCGUCGCCAAGGGCAGCGAGCGUGCCGAGUUCCGCCUCGUCUACGACUACAACGCCUAG